UGUCCUGGCAGCUUGGUGACUGCUCUGCUCUGAGCGCCUGGUGCGCCCCGCGUCCUCCCUGCUGGGGCCACCGGGCCGGGGAUGCGCGCUGCGCCCCAGAGCCAUGGUCCGCUUCGGGGACGAGCUGGGCGGCCGCUAUGGGGGCGCCGGCAGCGGGGAGAGGGCGCGGGGCGGCGGGGCCGGCGGGGCUGGUGGCCCGGGCCCCGGAGGGCUGCAGCCGGGCCAGCGGGUCCUGUACAAGCAGUCCAUCGCGCAGCGCGCACGGACCAUGGCGCUGUACAAUCCCAUCCCGGUCAAGCAGAACUGCUUCACCGUCAAUCGCUCGCUCUUCGUCUUCAGCGAGGACAACGUCGUCCGCAAAUACGCCAAGCGCAUCACCGAGUGGCCUCCCUUUGAGUACAUGAUCCUGGCCACCAUCAUCGCCAACUGCAUCGUGCUGGCCCUGGAGCAGCACCUUCCUGACGGCGACAAGACGCCCAUGUCGGAGCGCCUGGAUGACACGGAACCCUAUUUCAUCGGCAUCUUCUGCUUUGAGGCGGGAAUCAAGAUCAUUGCACUCGGCUUCGCUUUCCACAAGGGCUCCUACUUGCGGAAUGGCUGGAACGUCAUGGACUUCGUGGUGGUCCUCACAGGGAUCCUUGCCACAGCUGGAACUGACUUCGACCUGCGAACACUGAGGGCUGUGCGUGUGCUGAGGCCUCUGAAGCUGGUGUCUGGGAUUCCAAGUUUGCAGGUGGUGCUCAAGUCCAUCAUGAAGGCCAUGGUUCCACUGCUACAGAUUGGGCUGCUGCUCUUCUUUGCCAUCCUCAUGUUUGCCAUCAUUGGCCUCGAGUUCUACAUGGGAAAAUUCCACAAAGCCUGUUUCCCCAACAUCACAGAUGCAGAUCCUGUGGGUGACUUUCCCUGUGGCAAGGAGGCCCCUGCCCGGCUGUGUGAGGGUGACACUGAGUGCCGGGAGUAUUGGCCAGGACCCAACUUUGGUAUCACCAACUUUGAUAACAUCCUGUUUGCCAUCUUGACAGUGUUCCAGUGUAUCACCAUGGAGGGCUGGACCGACAUCCUCUACAACACAAAUGAUGCAGCUGGCAACACAUGGAACUGGCUCUACUUCAUCCCCCUCAUCAUCAUCGGCUCCUUCUUCAUGCUCAACCUUGUGCUGGGUGUGCUCUCAGGGGAGUUUGCCAAGGAGCGAGAGCGGGUGGAGAACCGCCGUGCCUUCCUGAAGCUCCGCCGGCAGCAGCAGAUUGAGCGGGAGCUCAACGGGUACCUGGAGUGGAUCUUCAAGGCUGAGGAAGUCAUGCUGGCAGAGGAGGACAAGAAUGCAGAGGAGAAGUCCCCUUUGGAUGCAGUGUUGAAGAGAGCCGCCACCAAGAAGAGCCGGAACGACCUGAUCCACGCCGAGGAGGGGGAGGACCGGCUCGCGGACCUCUGUGCCCUGGGGUCCCCUUUUGCCCGUGCCAGCCUUAAGAGCGGGAAGACAGAGAGUUCAUCAUAUUUCCGGAGGAAGGAGAAGAUGUUCCGGUUCUUCAUCCGGCGCAUGGUGAAGGCGCAGAGCUUCUACUGGGUGGUGCUGUGUGUGGUGGCUCUGAACACACUCUGUGUGGCCAUGGUGCAUUACAACCAACCGCAGCGGCUCACCACAGCUCUGUACUUUGCAGAGUUUGUUUUCCUGGGUCUCUUCCUCACAGAGAUGUCCCUGAAGAUGUAUGGCCUGGGGCCCAGAAGCUACUUCCGAUCCUCCUUCAACUGCUUCGACUUUGGGGUCAUUGUGGGGAGCAUCUUUGAAGUGGUCUGGGCUGCCAUCAAACCAGGAACCUCCUUUGGGAUCAGCGUGCUGAGGGCACUCCGCUUGCUGCGGAUCUUCAAAGUCACAAAGUACUGGAACUCCCUGAGGAACUUGGUGGUGUCUCUGCUCAACUCCAUGAAGUCCAUCAUCAGCCUCCUCUUCCUGCUCUUCCUGUUCAUUGUGGUCUUCGCUCUGCUGGGGAUGCAGCUGUUUGGGGGACAGUUCAACUUCAGAGACGAGACUCCAACGACCAACUUCGACACCUUUCCUGCCGCCAUCCUCACCGUCUUCCAGAUCCUAACAGGAGAGGACUGGAACGCCGUGAUGUACCAUGGGAUUGAAUCUCAAGGCGGAGUGAGCAAAGGCAUGUUCUCCUCCUUUUACUUCAUCGUCCUGACACUGUUUGGAAACUACACCUUGCUGAAUGUCUUCCUGGCCAUCGCUGUGGACAACCUUGCCAAUGCUCAGGAGCUGACCAAGGAUGAAGAAGAGAUGGAAGAAGCAGCCAAUCAGAAGCUGGCUCUGCAGAAGGCCAAGGAAGUGGCUGAAGUCAGCCCCAUGUCUGCUGCCAACAUCUCCAUUGCUGCCAGGCAGCAGAAUUCGGCCAAGGCACGCUCCGUGUGGGAGCAGAGGGCCAGCCAGCUUCGUCUGCAGAACCUGAGGGCCAGCUGCGAGGCGCUGUACAGUGAGAUGGACCCGGAGGAGCGGAUGCGCUAUGCUACCACGCGCCAUCUGAGGCCAGACAUGAAGACGCACUUGGACCGGCCGCUGGUGGUGGAGCCAGGGCGGGAAGGUCCACGGGGUCCCAUAGGGGGCAAAGCCCGACCUGAGGGCAUGGAGGUCACCGAGAGCGUGGAUCCACCACGACGGCAUCACCGACACCGUGACAGGGACAAGGUCCCGGCUGUGGCCCCCACAGUGGGCGAACAGGACAGGGCUGAUGCCCAGAAGGCGGAGAGUGUGGAGCCUGGAGUGCGGGAGGAGCGUUCGCGACCACACCGCAGCCGCAGCAAGGAGGCCGCAGGUGCGCAGGAGUCCCGGAGUGAGCGCAACAGGGGCCCAGGCCCUGAGGGUGGUCGGCGGCACCACCGGCGGGGCUCCCCGGAGGAGGCUGCGGAGCGCGAGCCCCGGCGCCACCGUGCCCAUCGGCACGGGCCAGACCAGGGCAAGGAGGGUACUGCGCCCACUGCCAAGAGUGAGAGGCGCUUGCGGCACCGGGGCCCCCGGGCUGGCCCCAGGGAGGCAGAAAGCGGUGAGGAGCCUAUGCGGCGGCACCGGGCACGGCACAAGGUGUUGUCUGUUCACGAGCCCACUGAAAAGGAGGCCGCGGAGAAGGAGGCUGCAGAGAAGGAGGGCGAGAUGGCAGAAGUGGACAAGGAGAUGCGGAACCACCAGCCCAAGGAGUAUCACUGUGGCCUGGAGACCAGUGGGGUGAUGGGCAUAGCCCCUGUGCACGUGCUGCCCAGCACCUGUCUCCAGAAAGUGGAGGAACAGCCAGAGGAUGCAGACAAUCAGAGAAAUGUCACUCGGAUGGGCAUCGAACCCUCAGACCUGAGCACCACUGUGCAUGUCCCAGGGACAUUGGCAGGCCCUCCUGGGGAGACCACAGUUGCUCCUAGUGGUAACAUGGACCUGGAGAGCCAAGCAGCAGGGAGGAAGGAGGCAGCAGGAACUGACGACGUGAUGAGGAGUGGCCCCCGGCCUAUUGUGCCCUACAGCUCCAUGUUCUGUCUGAGCCCCACGAACCUGCUUCGUCGCUUUUGCCAUUACAUUGUGACCAUGCGGUACUUUGAAAUGGUCAUUCUUGUGGUCAUUGCCCUGAGCAGCAUUGCCCUGGCUGCUGAGGAUCCUGUGCGGACAGAGUCAUCCAGGAACAAUGCUCUGAAGUACAUGGACUACAUCUUCACAGGUGUCUUCACCUUUGAGAUGGUGAUGAAGAUGAUUGACUUAGGAUUGCUGCUGCACCCUGGAGCCUAUUUUCGGGACCUGUGGAACAUUUUGGACUUCAUUGUGGUCAGUGGGGCCCUGGUGGCAUUUGCCUUCUCGAGCUUCAUGGGAGGAUCCAAAGGGAAAGACAUCAACACCAUCAAGUCCCUGAGAGUUCUGCGUGUCCUGCGGCCCCUCAAGACCAUCAAACGACUGCCUAAGCUCAAGGCUGUGUUUGACUGUGUGGUAAACUCCCUGAAGAACGUGCUGAACAUCCUGAUUGUCUACAUGCUCUUCAUGUUCAUAUUUGCCGUCAUUGCAGUACAGCUCUUCAAAGGGAAGUUUUUCUACUGCACUGAUGAAUCCAAGGAGCUGGAGAGGGACUGCAGGGGUCAGUAUUUAGAUUAUGAAAAGGAGGAAGUGGAAGCUCAACCGAGGCAGUGGAAGAAGUACGACUUCCACUACGACAAUGUGCUCUGGGCCCUGCUCACGCUCUUCACGGUGUCCACCGGAGAAGGGUGGCCCAUGGUGCUGAAGCACUCCGUCGACGCCACUUAUGAGGAGCAGGGGCCCAGCCCUGGGUUUCGCAUGGAGCUGUCCAUCUUCUACGUGGUCUACUUUGUGGUCUUCCCCUUCUUCUUCGUCAACAUCUUUGUGGCCUUGAUCAUCAUCACCUUCCAGGAGCAGGGGGACAAAGUGAUGUCUGAAUGCAGCCUGGAGAAGAAUGAGAGGGCCUGCAUUGACUUCGCCAUCAGCGCCAAGCCCCUGACACGAUACAUGCCCCAAAACAAGCAGUCGUUCCAGUAUAAGACGUGGACGUUUGUGGUCUCCCCGCCCUUCGAGUACUUCAUCAUGGCCAUGAUAGCCCUCAACACGGUGGUGCUGAUGAUGAAGUUCUACGAUGCGCCUUAUGAGUAUGAGCUGAUGCUGAAGUGCCUGAACAUGGUGUUCACCUCCAUGUUCUCCCUGGAGUGUGUGCUGAAGAUCAUCGCCUUUGGGGUGCUGAACUAUUUCAGAGAUGCCUGGAAUGUCUUUGAUUUUGUCACUGUGUUGGGAAGUAUUACUGAUAUUUUGGUAACAGAGAUUGCGGAAACGAAUAACUUCAUCAACCUCAGCUUCCUCCGCCUCUUCAGAGCUGCACGGCUGGUCAAGCUGCUGCGCCAGGGCUACACCAUCCGCAUCCUGCUGUGGACCUUCGUCCAGUCCUUCAAGGCGCUGCCCUAUGUGUGCCUCCUCAUUGCCAUGCUGUUCUUCAUCUACGCCAUCAUCGGCAUGCAGGUGUUUGGAAACAUUGCCUUGGACGAUGACACCAGCAUCAAUCGGCACAACAACUUCCGGACAUUCUUACAAGCCCUGAUGCUGUUGUUCAGGAGUGCCACAGGGGAGGCCUGGCAUGAAAUCAUGCUAUCAUGUCUCAGCAACCGGGCCUGUGACCCGGAUGCCAACGCCAGCGAGUGUGGGAGUGACUUUGCCUACUUCUACUUUGUCUCCUUCAUCUUCCUUUGCUCCUUCCUGAUGUUGAAUCUGUUUGUGGCUGUGAUCAUGGACAAUUUUGAGUACCUAACGCGGGACUCUUCCAUCCUUGGGCCUCACCACCUGGACGAGUUCAUUCGGGUCUGGGCUGAGUACGACCCAGCUGCGUGUGGGCGCAUCAGUUACAAUGACAUGUUUGAGAUGCUGAAACACAUGUCCCCGCCUCUGGGGCUGGGGAAGAAGUGCCCUGCUCGAGUUGCAUACAAGCGCCUGGUUCGCAUGAACAUGCCCAUCUCCAGUGAGGACAUGACGGUGCACUUCACAUCCACGCUGAUGGCCCUUAUUCGAACUGCACUGGAGAUCAAGCUGGCCCCAGCUGGGGCAAAGCAGCACCAGUGUGAUGCAGAGCUGAGGAAGGAGAUCUCCUCUGUGUGGGCCAAUCUGCCCCAGAAGACUCUGGACUUGCUGGUGCCACCCCACAAGCCUGAUGAGAUGACGGUGGGGAAAGUCUAUGCAGCGCUGAUGAUAUUUGACUUCUACAAACAGAACAAAACCACAAGAGACCAGAUUCACCAAGCUCCAGGAGGCUUGUCCCAGAUGGGCCCAGUGUCCCUGUUCCAUCCCCUGAAGGCCACCCUGGAGCAGACGCAGCCAGCUGUGCUUCGGGGAGCUCGGGUUUUCCUUCGGCAGAAGAGUUCCACCUCCCUCAGCAAUGGUGGGGCCAU